CCGCUUCUCCCCGCCUCUUACAUCACAGUCCACGGGAAUAGUCCAAACCGCCUCCAUCCACGGCAGACGCGACGCGACCCGAACACGAGAGAGGAGGGAAGCAAGCAAAGCAAAGCGAAGCAGCGAGAGGGAGAAGCAUACGAAGAAGAAGAAGAAGAGGAAGAGGAGGGCAUGGAGAUGCAGCACGUGGUGGAGGUCGAGCAGGGCCGCGCGGCCGCCGACGGCCGGCCCUCCGUGGGCCCCGCCUACCGGAGCGCCUUCGCCCGCGGCGGCUUCCCGCCGCCCGUCGCCGGCCUGGACUGCUGCUACGACAUCUUCCGAAUGGCCGUGGAGAAGUUCCCAGACAACAGAAUGCUUGGUCACCGUGAGAUUGUUGACGGGAAGGCUGGUGCAUACGUUUGGAAGACAUACAAGGAGGUGUUUGACCUUUCGACUAAGAUUGGUAACUCUAUUAGGAGCCGUGGACUUGCAAAGGGAAGCCGUUGUGGUAUCUAUGGUGCUAAUUGUCCUGAAUGGAUUAUCACGAUGGAGGCCUGCAAUGCUCAUGGAAUCUACUGCGUUCCAUUAUAUGACACUCUUGGAGCUGGUGCUGUAGAGUUUAUUUUGUGCCAUGCAGAAGUUGAGAUUGCUUUCACAGAGGAGAAAAAAAUUGAGCAGAUCUUCAAGACUUUCCCCAAGUCAGCUGAAUUCUUGAAAACAAUCGUUAGUUUUGGGAAGGUAACUCAGGAACAAAAGGAAAAUGCCUCCAAAUAUGGGCUGGAGAUCUAUUCAUGGGAUGAAUUUCUUUCUUUGGCAGACCAAGAAUUCGAUCUUCCAGUGAAAGCAAAGACUGACAUAUGUACUAUAAUGUAUACCAGUGGAACUACUGGUGACCCCAAAGGUGUACUGAUCUCCAAUGCAAGCAUUAUUUGCCUAGUCGCAGGUGUAGAUCGGCUGCUUAACUGUGUAAAUGAGCAGGUAAGAUAUGCCAGCAGCCCUUUCAUUAUGCAUCCAUAUAUAAUCACUGAUCAAUCUUUAAUUGCUUUAACUAUGCGGGAAUCUCAGCUGGAGCAAACCGAUGUUUACAUGUCUUAUCUUCCACUUGCUCAUAUCUUUGAUCGUGUUGUGGAAGAGCUAUUUAUGUUCCAUGGUGCUUCCAUUGGAUUUUGGCGUGGGGAUGUUAAGCUGCUUGUUGAAGAUAUUGGGACACUGAAACCAACUAUCUUGUGUGCUGUUCCACGUGUGCUUGACCGGAUAUUUUCUGGACUCCAAGCUAAAAUUGCAUCUGGGGGUUUCAUAAAGAGUACAUUGUUCAAUCUUGCUUACAAAUUCAAGCAAUUUAGAAUGAUGAAAGGAGCUAAGCACAAUGAAGCUGCCGCAAUAUGUGACAAAGUAGUUUUCAGUAAGGUGAAAGAAGGUCUUGGGGGAAAUGUUCGUGUUAUUUUGUCCGGAGCUGCUCCACUUGCUACUCAUGUUGAAGAAUACCUGAGAGUGGUGACUUGUGCACAUGUCUUACAAGGAUAUGGUCUCACGGAGACUUGUGCUGGAUCUUUCGUCUCCCUACCAAAUCAGAUGUGCAUGAUAGGGACUGUUGGUCCUCCAGUGCCAAAUAUUGAUGUCUGCCUGGAAUCAGUGCCUGAAAUGAAUUAUGAUGCACUUGCAACUAGACCGCGUGGCGAAAUCUGCAUCAGGGGAGAAACAGUAUUCUCAGGAUACUACAAGCGUGAAGACCUUACAAAGGAUGUUUUGAUUGAUGGAUGGUUCCAUACUGGAGACAUUGGUGAGUGGCAACCUGAUGGAAGUAUGAAAAUCAUAGAUCGCAAAAAGAAUAUCUUCAAGCUUUCACAAGGAGAAUAUGUAGCAGUAGAAAAUUUGGAGAACAUUUAUGGUCUUGUUUCUGCUAUAGAUUCGAUAUGGGUAUAUGGGAAUAGCUUUGAGUCAUUCCUUGUUGCUGUGGUCAAUCCAAACAAGGAAGCAUUGGAGAGCUGGGCUGCAGCAAAUGGAAUCAGUGGUGAUUUGGAGGCAUUGUGUGAGAACCCCAAAGCAAAAGAAUACAUUUUGGGAGAACUGUCAAAAGUAGGAAAAGAGAAGAAGCUCAAAGGUUUUGAAUUCAUAAAGGCUGUACAUCUUGAACCAGUGCCAUUUGACAUGGACCGUGAUUUGAUUACUCCAACAUAUAAAAAGAAGCGCCCUCAAUUGCUCAAGUACUACCAGGGAACAAUUGACAACAUGUACAGAAGUGCCAAAUGAGCUCGCCAUGCCGUCUAGAACAUCCAAGAUCAAAGGAGCUGACAGAAGCACCAAUCUCAUGCUGUUUGUAUGUUCAUAGUAGGGACGGAAAAAUGUUGUAAUAUCUCUUUUGGAAACGUCUUGACAUAUAUGAUUUAUUCGUAGAAACGGGGUAUGCACCUGUACGAAGAAUCGCAAGCACCGUUUCUGUAUUGCCUGACCCCUGAAAUUGCCAAAUUUAAAAUCGAAAAUUAGCGGCAAUCGUUGCA